AUGGCAAGAAAAGAAACACCCAAAGACAUUGUACUCGGGGAGCCAACAGAAGAGGGAUUUACUCAAAAUUAUGAAAGUAUUUCCUGUAGAUUGUUUGAUAUAAGAUCAGAGUGGGCCUAUAUUUUGCCUGCUGAUUCGGCUAGUAAUUCAUAUCAGAUAAAAGUUGAGGAAAUUGCAAAACACAGUGAACCGAAACUUGUCAUUUCAAAUGUUAAACAUGAUUAUUUGGAAAUUGCAUAUGAAGGCAUCAAUCAGGAUCAUGAAUGUAUUACUGUCUACAAUUUUAUUGAAAAGAAUAGUAAAAAGAAGAAGGAGGGAAUUGAAUUUAACAUUAGCGAAAUACCAUCCAAAAAUAAGACUUUGAAUCUAAUAAUCUCCAGUUAUUCGAGAAAGAGUGAAGAUGAACUCCAUGUUAAAUCAGAAUCUCAAUAUUUUGUUGAGGAUGAUAACAAAUCAAGAAAGGAAAUUAAUCUUGAAGGCUCUAUCCAACUAAAUAUUGACAAAUCAAUGUUACCCUGUCACAAGAAUAAUAAGAACAAGACUACAAGAAGAACUUCUGGUGGUGCAAGCUCAAAAGAGAGAAUCAAUGGUCCUAAGAGGGACAUAAACCUAGUAGAAAUUGAGCCAGGAAAAUUGAGAUAUUUUAGUUAUAGAUGGUACAAAAGAGAAGUUGAAUUUAAAUUGGCAGAUCAAGCUGAGGACUCUUCUGUUCGUUGUUUCCAUACUGUUUUUUGUAAAAAUGGUAUGGAAUUGCAAAAUGACAGAAUUUAUAUUCUCGGUGAGGUAUUGAAUCAAGGAGUUUUUGAUUAUUAUGAUUAUUCUCAUGUGGACGAUGAAGAAUUUUUCUUUAAACAUCUAUUGGAGUCCUCUUCUGGAAGUUAUGAAUACAAAAUUAUAAGAAAAGAAGAUGGUGAAUUAAGCAAAGAACCUUUUUGUCCCUAUGAAACAAUCACUGAAAAAGCAGAUAACUGUGUCAAUGGCAACAGUUUUGUAAUUUUCAUACAUAAAUCCAAUGAUAUGAAUGGAAUUCUCACUCAAUUUGAAUGGGGAAAACCAGUGGACAAUCCAACGCCUCUAUGGAAGGACACUAUUAUUCCACCAUUAGAAGACGAUAGCCAAGAACACAGCUUAUUAUUUGAUUCAGAAAGUUCAGAUAGCCUCAUUGAUAUGCUUUCAACCUCAUCAAAUAUGUAUACACAUAGCGAAAUGUUUCAGAAUAUUAUGAAUGUAUUAACAGAAAUUAGACAGAAACAGGAUGUGAUUGCAGAAAGAAUGGAUAAUUUGGAAAGUAACAACUUGUUGAAAAGAAAGCAUCAAGAUGAUGAAGAAAAGGAGGAUCAAGAAUUUCUCCAUCCAAACAAAAAAGUCAAAACAAGCCUUGCUGAUGAAGAGUUUGAUAAUUUUUUACAAUUUGUAAAAGAUUUUAGUUGUUGUGAAUGUCAAGUGAAAGAAGCAAGUUUAUUGACCAUGAAUGCAAGAGAUUUAUUCUUUAAUGCGCCCAACAUGACCAAUGACAAGUAUGUGCUCAAGUUAUUACAAACUCUUGCUUCUGUUUUUUUGGAAUGCAAAGAAAACUCUUGUGCAAGAAAAUCCAUUAAUGUGAUCCAAUUAUGCCGUGACAUUGUAACAACUUACAUUGAGAAGAAAUCACACAAUGAAAAUGAUCACUCCUUCAAUUUUUACAAGACACUUAUUGAGACCAUUGUAAAGUUGCAACCUUUUUCUUGUGGUCCAAAGAAUGAGUGUUACUCAUCUUUGGUUAUGGACCUACAUGACAUUUAUCAUCCUUUCAUGUGUGAUUUGUCAGCCAAAUGUUUACGGCUGUUAAUCACGCAAUUAAUGGAAAGAGAAGACAAUCAAUUAGAUUCGAUUUCGUAUUUAAGUGAUUCCAUUCUUGGUUUUGGUAUUUUCCAAAUAAUACAAGACAUUCCCAAAACCUCCAAAACAUUAUCUAUUUUGGAGAUGGAUAUCUUCACAAAAGCUAACACAAAAUUAGGAAUUUACUUUUUUAAGAAUUGUGUGAAUAACAAAUCGAGUGAAACCAAUAAUGAAAACUUGUGCGAAAGUCAUUUGACAAGAGCCAACGAAUUAGGUUCCAAUGAUGGGAAGAAAUAUUUGGCAUCCUAUUACAUUAGAAAAUCAGAGUAUGAAAAGGCAUUUGACCUUAUUAAUAAUGCUCAAAUUGAUGAAACCUCUGAUAUUUAUAUAAUAACAUACGCUCACACAAAUAAUAUGGACGAAAAACAAGAGAAAGAAUUUUCAAAUCUUUUGGUUGAAUGUGUUUACAAUGAUAAGACUAUUCAUUUUGAUGAAAUAGUUAAAUUACUUUCAAAAUGGAAGAAAUUCAAUCAUCUCACUCAGCUCUUCUAUUUCCAAACUGAAAAGUAUUUCAAUAAUCCUCACAAUGAAAAUUCCAUUCAUUAUAUUUAUGAAUUGUGGGAUUCUUUGAUACAAAUAGAUGAACAAGAAGAAGGUCUUGAUGAAGAAGAACUAUCAAACAUCCAUUCGUGGACUAUUAGACUAUCAAUUUUAUUCAAUAGUAACCACAGAAAAUUUGCAGACCAUUUAUUGAUUUAUAGAAAACUAAAUAUUGACAUGUAUUUUGACCUUCUCUCAAUAUUCAACAAGUUUAAAUAUUCAAGAGAAUUACACAUACUUGAGAAACUUGGUUUGAAUAUUGGUACCAAUAAUCAAAAACAAGAAAGACAAUUUAGAGGAUAUAUAGAAACACAAACUGAUAGCACAUCUCUGGAAUCUGAAAUACUCACCGAAUUGGAUUAUAUCAGGAAAUUUUCAAAUUGUCAACCCGUUGAUAACUAUUUGUAUGGUUGUAAAAAGCUUACAUGGAAAGUAGAAAAUCAAGAUGCAGUUGAUUACGCAGAUUAUUAUAUUUCUAAAGAAUUCGAAACAUUAGAAAUUAUUGAAACAGUCAGGUCAAUCUUGAAUUCUAACAGCCGGAUUAUUCCUUUUAGUUCAUAUGAUUCAGUGAGCCUUAUCCUAUUGAAAUUAUCGAGAUUUAUUAUUUCUGAUUUAUAUUUCUAUUACGAGAAAACAAGACCUGGAUUAACUGAACCCACCACUUUGACUCGACUCAGUACAAAGAAGAACAUUGAAACAUACUCUGGAUAUUUAAUUGAAAUCUUACACUCAUUAAGAUUAACUGAAAUCAAUCAAGAAAAGAUACAAUAUUCAUUACAUGGUAGUGAUUUAUUUAAGAAUUGUAUACUUACAGGGGUUUAUGCUAUCUCUUUGGCCAAGCUCAGAUUUCCUUCUUGUUUUGAGGGUGAGGAACGCGGGAAAAAGAUCGAUACCAUUUACACAUCAUUUUACACUGUCAAGUAUAUUGAUUCCAUUAAACACCCCAAAUCCCUUUCAAGCAGUGUUCGAUGCAGCAAUUCAGAUAAUAGAAUCAGUAUUAAUUUUGAUUUAGCAUUAAGGGAUAUUUCAAUCUAUGAACUGCUUUACAACUUGGAUAAAGUACAUUCGGACAAGAGAGACCAUACGUCUACAAAAAGAUUAACAACAAUUGCAAAGAAAUGGUUUGAUCUUAACAAGAAAUUGACAUCUUUAAAACAAACAAUCGAAUUUCCAGAGAGUGUGUUUAAUUAUUUAGAGAGAGUUGCAUUGGAAAAGGACGGAACAGUAACAGUACCUGAAGAUGUGAAAAAGUUGCUAUUCCAACUCUCAUCUCAUCCAUCACCAGAGAUUGCUUACAUUGGCAUAUACGCACAACUUUCCUUGAAAACCAUGUCACAAGAAGAAAAGCAAGAGAAACAAACAUUACUGAAAUCAUAUCUCUUUGAGAGAAGAAAGAAAUAA